AUGCCGCCAAAAACACCGCGCACCCCGGCGAAAAAGGAAGAGGUGGACGAUGGCGAAGAUCUGGCGACCCUGGUCUACCUGCGGGACGAGAAACUCCUGAAACUCGUACGCCUAAAGGAGAAGCUGGCUGGGCUCGGGUUGCACGAACGGACCGCGACCCAGAUCAACGUGAACCGGAGAGUGCUCGAUGCCUCCAACGCCGAGUUCAAUUCUCUCCACGAGCGCAUCGUCCGCCUGGACUCCAAGAAGCGGAAGGAGCACGGCGAUAAGUUGGUGGAAUUUGAAACGUUGUUCAUCGAGAUCGACACAAUGUUAGAAGGAUGGAAGCAAAGCCUGGAAAUCCGGGCUGGUCCAGCAACCGCCCCAGCACCUGCUGCCCAACGACCUGUUGUCAUCCAGCAGUCCCUUCCGCGGCUCGUACCCACGUUCGACGGAAAGUACGAGAACUGGAAGCGGUUCAAGACGAUGUUCCGUGACGUCGUAGACCGGUCGAACGAAACUGCCAGGAUGAAGCUGUAUCGCCUGGAGGAAGCCCUCAUUGGUGAGGCAAAAGGGACGCUGGACGAGAAGACAAUCGAGGACGGCAACUACGACGGCGCGUGGGAGUUGCUGGAGGAGCGGUAUGAAGACAACCGGAGAAUGGUGGACAUCCAUAUCGGUGGACUGCUGAAGGUCCAGAAGCUACACAAGGAGAGCCACGCGGAACUACGAGCGCUGGUGGAGACCGUGGUCGGCCACGUAGAAAACCUCAAAUACCUGAGGCAGGAGUUCACUGGUGUGUCGACGCAGUUCGUCGUGUACCUGCUGGCCCACGCCCUGGACAGCGAAACCAAGAAACUGUGGGAGGCCACGGUGAAGAAGGGCGAGCUGCCGAACUACGAAGAAACCAUCAAGUUCCUGAAGAACCGCGUCUCCGUCCUGGAGAGAUGCGACGAGACCAGUGAACCUGCAGCGAGGCAGCGAGACCGAAACCCGAGGCCAGCCAACAAACCGUCCUACCAGAAGGCCAACGCUGCGACCACGUCGUCGAACCCGGAGAUCCGCUGCGAGAUGUGCGGGGACUCCCACCUCACCUUCAAGUGCGGCACCCUCGCUGGCCUCACGGUGGCCCAACGCAGCGAAAAGGUAAGAAGCAAGAACCUGUGUCUCAAUUGCCUCCGCAAGGGCCACAGCUGGAAGAAGUGUACGUCCAGGUAUUCCUGUGGAAAGUGCCGCCAACGUCACCACACACUGCUGCACGACGACUCGGAACAAAAAUUCGUGCAGAAACCCGUCAACCCGCAGAACGUUGCACCACUAGCCAACCAGCCGCCAGUGUCCCAAGUCGCUGGCCAAGAACCACCACAGUCUACUUCGGCAACCUGCAACCACACCCAGACGGUGAAGACCGUCAUGCUUCUGACAGCGCUCGUCCACCUGCUGGACGACAAGGACCGACCUGUGCCAUGCCGACUGCUGCUCGACAACGGAUCGCAGGUCAAUUUUAUUACGGAACAAUUGGCAAAACGGUUGAACACACGUCGAGUAGCUGCAAACGUUCCCAUCUGCGGAAUCGGUGCAGUGAAGACAUACGCCCGAGAGUCGAUGACGGUCCAGCUCCGAUCCCGGUACAACAGCUUCACGGUGGACGUGGAGUGUCUCAUCGUCCCCAAGGUAACCGGGAUGAUUCCGUCGGCCCCGAUCAGCACGUCCGACUGGCCGAUUCCUGCGAACAUCCAGCUGGCCGACCCGAACUUCCACACACCGGACCGGAUCGACAUGCUGCUCGGCGUCUCGAUGUUCUUCAAGCUGUUGAAAUCGGGACAACUAGAGUUGGCGAAGAACCUUCCAGAGCUCCGCGAGACCUACCUGGGCUGGGUCGUCGCGGGUGAUGUCGGCGACACCGUUCCUGACGCGCAGUUCAGCCACACUGCAACGCUCGAUGACGUGAGCGAAGCCAUCGAGAGAUUCUGGCGGGUCGAGGACAUCGACAGCGCCACACAAGUCAGCACAGAACAGGAAGAGUGCGAGGCAUUCUUCCGUGCGACACACAAGCGGGACCCUACCGGCCGGUACGAGGUUCGCUUGCCAUUCCGCCCCGUCGUCGGCAACCUCGACGACAACCGCAGCCUGGCUCUUCGGCGAUUCUUGUCGUUGGAGAAGCGGCUCAACCGGGACCCGGACCUGAAACGGCAAUACGGUGAGUUUAUUUCCGAGUACGAAUCCCUGGGGCAUUGCAAGUCGGUUGAAGAGGCCGACGACUCACCUGGCCAAGGUCGUUACUACAUGCCGCACCAUGCCAUCCUUCGCCCUUCGAGUUCCACAACCAAGCUGCGGGUAGUUUUCGACGCUUCGGCAAAACUCUCCCCUUCGAGUGUCUCCCUCAACGAAGCCUUGCAGAUCGGGGGAACCGUCCAAAACGACCUUUUCUCGAUUCUGCUCGCAUUCCGCAAGCACCCGGUCGCCUUCACCGCAGAUUUGUCGAAGAUGUACCGCCAGAUCCGGGUGGCCCCUGCGGACACUCCCUUCCAACGAAUCUUCUGGCGGAACGAACCGGCCGACUUUAUCCGCGUGCUCGAGCUCACAACCGUGACGUACGGGACGGCAUCUGCACCUUUCCUCGCGACCCGCUGCUUGGUUCAACUCUGCGAAGAUGAAGGAGAGAAAUUUCCGCUGGCUGCCAAAAUCGUUCGCGACGCUUGCUAUGUCGAUGACAUUCUUUCUGGGGCAGACUCACCUGACGAAGCGAUCGAGUGUUUGAAGCAACUCCAAGGCCUGCUCAGCCGUGGUGGGUUUCCGAUCCACAAAUGGAGUUCGAACGAGUCGGCGGUCAUGGAUCAGAUUCCGGAGGGUGAGCGGGAGAAACUCAUCGAUCUAGACGGACUGACCGGUGGCGUGGUCAAGGCUCUGGGGCUCUACUGGAGUCCAGGGGAUGACGAGUUCCGGUUCACUGCCAACCAAGCCGACGCCGACGCCGAUGCCACCAAGCGGCGAGUGCUGUCGGAGAUCGGCAAGUUCUUCGACGUGCUGGGCUUGCUUUCACCGGUCAUCAUCAAGGCCAAGAUCCUGAUGCAGCGAGUUUGGCUCGCUGGUCUGUCGUGGGAUGUGCUGCUGGAAGGAGGGUUGGCAAGUACUUGGGAGCAAUUCCAAAUCGCACUUCCCUUCGUGCGAGACAUCCGGAUCCCACGUUACGUGAUCGGCCCUGGAAACAUUGCCCUUGAACUCCACGGAUACAGUGACGCCUCCAAGGUCGCAUACGGCGCAGUGAUUUACGUGCGCAGCCUGUUCCCGAGCGGAAAGUCCCCCCAGAUGCGGCUACUCUGCAGCAAGUCCAAGGUAGCACCAACGAAGCAGCUGGACAUCCACCGACUCGAGCUCCUCGGGUGCAGAUUGCUGUCCAAGCUGGUGGUCAAGGUCCUCGCAGCGUUGAAACUGCCGUUCCGGAACGUCGUUCUGUGGAGCGACAGCCAAGUGGUUUUGGCGUGGCUCAAGAAACCCUUAGACCAGCUUCAAUCGUUCGUCCGCAACCGUGUCGCCGAGAUACGAAACGAAACCAGCAACUUCAUCUGGCUUUACAUGCGAACCAAGGACAACCCUGCCGACUUGGUGUCACGUGGCAUGUUUCCCGCCGAACUGAUGGUGUGCGAGAAGUGGUGGAAAGGACCGGCGUACAUGCAGUCCGAGGAGUACCGGGUGGAACCUGUGGAAGAUUUGCCGGACUGUGAGAUCCCCGAGUUGCGGAAGGUGAAGAUGGUGACGAUGCUUACCUGCAAUUCCGUCGAGUUUCCGAUCUUUGAAACGUGCAGCUCAUACCGUAAGCUGCAAAGGGUGAUGGCGUACGUGCUGCGCUUCACGGCCAACUGCAGAAAGAAGAAUCCGGCGGAACGAGUUCGCCAGCGCUACCUGACCAUUCCGGAGUUGCGGGCGGCGCAGGACGUGAUUGUGAUGGUGAUCCAGCACGAUGCACUGUCCAAGGAAAUCCAGCAAGUUGCCGAGAACGAUACCGCUGGACGCAUCCAAGGUUUGACCCCGUUCCUGGACAAGGGCCUGCUACGAGUGGGUGGCAGAUUGCAGCAGUCGGAGUUGCCGUUCGAGACCCAACACCAACUUCUCCUCCCGAAGCAUCGUGUUACCAACCUGAUCGUUCGAGCGUACCACGAAGAGCACCUGCACGCGGGGCCAUCGGCCUUGCUUGCGACGUUGAGGAGGCGGUUCUGGCUGAUCGACGGACGGUCGACAGUCCGGAGCAUUACAAGGAGCUGCGUGACGUGCUUCCGCGCGAAGCCUCGCGGUUCGAGCCAACUAAUGGGACGGUUGCCAUCCUGCCGUGUGACGCAAGCCCUCCCAUUUGAAGAAGUCGGCGUAGAUUACGCCGGGCCCAUUUUCGUCAAGGUAGGAACCCGAAAGCCGCAACUCGUGAAGGCCUACUUCGCGGUGUUCGUGUGCAUGUCGACCAAGGCCGUCCACCUGGAGCUCGUCUCGGACCUCACGACCGAGGCAUUUUUGGCCGCCCUCCAGCGCUUCGUGAGCCGACGCGGCGUGCCUCGCACGAUCCAUUCCGACAACGGGACGAAUUUCAAGGGGGCCAAGGCGGAGUUGCACGAGCUGUUCCUGCUGUUCAACCAGCGUGCGUUCAACGACCAGAUAGCGACCUACUGCCAACCGAAGGAGAUCACCUGGUCGUUUAUCCCUCCGGGGGCGCCGAAUUUCGGUGGCCUCUGGGAGGCGGCUGUAAAAAGCACGAAAUACCAUCUCAAGCGCAUCCUCAAGAACGCACAACUCACCUUCGAGCAGUACGCCACUGUUCUCGCGGAGGUCGAGGCGGUGCUAAAUUCGCGGCCCUUGUUCGCUACGUCGGCGGACCCCGCGGAUCCGCAAGUUCUGACGCCGGGACACUUCCUGAUUGCGCGACCCCUUACGGCCAUCCCGGAACCAGUCUACGAAGGGACACCCACCAACCGGCUGUCGAAGUGGCAGCACCUGCAACUCCUGCGCGAACAGUUUUGGCGAACCUGGAAGCGCGACUACCUGACGAGCCUCCAGCCGAGAGGCAAGGACAACAAGGAGAAGCCGAACGUGCGUCCGGGAAUGGUGGUUUUGCUGGAAGAAAAGGACGCGCCGCCACUACAGUGGAAGAUGGGAAUUAUCCUGCAAACUUACCCGGGGCCAGAUGGAUUCGUACGCACCGCGGACGUGAAGGUUGGUGGAACAGUCGUCCGGCGUCCGAUCACCAAGCUAUCCGUCCUCCCGAUUGAGGACAACGAGCAGACUGCAGACCACGGAGCGAUUCCUGCUGGGACUUCUCCCCAGCCCGGGGGGAGGAUGUUGGCUGCUUGACGGAUCGAGCUGAUUUGGCAGCACUUGUCGAGCGCCGCAGCCAGAUUGCUACGAUCGGUUUUCCCACCUUGCACAACCUCGGCGCGCAACGGCGGCCGUUGUGCGCGACGACGAAGAAGGAGAAGAGAAGAGAACGACGCUCGGCGCCAUCUUUUUUCAUCACUCGCUUACAAGUGCUCGCGGAAACAACACGUUCUUUACGCUUUAGUUUAAUUAGUUUUAAUAAAGUAGUGUUAAAG